AAUACGAAAAAGAAAUUAACUACUAGUAUCUAUCUACUCUUGUUGACAUUGUAGGUAGUGAUUGAUUCAUAAAAAGUCAAAAGUUCAAACGUCAACCGUAUUCCGUAAAACGGACACAGGUACUCCGUACUACUGAUAAGAAUGUAAUCAAUAUGUAGGACCAUUAGAAGUGAAAAAUGAUCGGCUGAUUACAUUAUCUGUUAGUUAGAUUCUCUAUUUUCUGUUCACAUAUAAUUUUAAUACUUCAAUACCUGUUUGGAAUAUAAUAAUUGUUAUUUGAAUAUACUUUAAUAAUAAAUCUUAAAAAUAUCGUAAACCGUGAAACCGAUAAUAAUAAUUAUGUAGAUAAAAAGUGGAUCUUUUAUUUCUAGCAAAAAAAUGAGUUAACAAACAUAUAAUUGUAUGAUUUUCUUAUUCAAGUUUCUGUGGCAACAAAAUGAUGACAUCAUUUCAUAGCUUUAUCAUGUAAGAUUUACUGUAAUAAACAAAAUGAAAAGUCCAACAAUUAAGGAAAAUGACAAUGUGUCUUUUACAUUAGGUCUUUCCCUUGCAAUUUUAUCUAGCGUGUUCAUUGGAUGUAGUUUUAUUAUAAAAAAAAUUGCUCUAAAAAAAGUUAACACUUUGGGAAUUACAAGAGCAUCAGCAGGAGGAUAUGCAUACUUGAAGCAAUGGAUGUGGUGGUUAGGCCUUUUGACAAUGGGUAUAGGAGAAGCUGCAAAUCUAUUGGCAUAUGCAUUUGCUCCAGCGGCAUUAGUUACACCUUUAGGUGCUUUGAGUGUGCUUGUUGCCGCAGUACUGUCUUCAAGAUUACUCCAAGAAAAACUUAAUUUCAUUGGAAAGAUUGGAUGUUUUCUAUGUGUGAUUGGGUCUAUUAUAUUUGUUAUACAUUCACCUAAAAACGAGGAGAUAAGUAAUUUCUCAGAACUAUCUAAUAAAUUGACUGAUAAUACUUUCUUAACAUAUGUCAUAAUUAUUAUAAUUAUGACUUUAUUGAUAAAGAUAGUUUUUGUUCCUAAAUUUGGAAAUACUAAUAUUGUUGUGUAUCUGUUGAUAUGUUCGGCUGUAGGAAGUUUGACUGUAGUUUUUUGUAAGGGUGUAGCUUUAGGUAUUAAGGAAACGUUAAACAGUGACGUAAAUAAUUUAUCUAAUCAACUGUUUUGGCUUCUACUAUUUUCGUCCAUAUUUUGUAUCAUGGUACAAAUGAAUUAUUUAAACAAAGCAUUAGAUAUAUUUAAUACCAGCAUUGUGACACCAGUAUAUUACGUCAUGUUUACAAUCUUAGUCAUUAUUGCAUCAGGUAUUCUGUUUAGAGAAUGGGAGCAUAUGAAAACUGAAGACAUUUUAGGUUCUUUCUGUGGUUUUCUUGUAUUAAUGAUAGCAGUAUUCACUCUUAAUGCGUUCAAAGAUAUUGAUAUUACAUUUGAAAGUUUAAAUUUAAAUUCAAGACAGAAUAUAACAAUACAUCACGAUUUGGAAGCUUCACAUAGUAUUAAGUUACCGAAAAGGAUGAGAUAAGUUUAAGAAUGAAAACAUUUAAAUAUCAUUUUACUCUUCUAAUAUAGAACUAUUUAAUAGUUUAAUAUAAAAAUGUAAGUAGUACAAAAUUUUAUUUAAAUUUUAAUAAUUAAUAAAUUAAGAUAUUAUUU